AUGGCACCUCAACCUGAUUCCCUGUUGGUCCCUGCCAUAGAAAAACCUCCCCUUACACGCUCUAGAUCUAGCACAACACCUUCCAGACCGCCUUACCCAACGCUGGACCUUUCCGCGACUCGGCCCGAUCCAGCUUCUCGUUCACAUUCCUUUCUCUCCCCCGUCAUUGCAAAGCCACGGACCUCUCAGACUCUGCCGGAUGCUACGUCAAGCUCACGACUACACAUACCCAUUACGGCAGCGCGGCAACAUCGAACCGAUCGUGAGCAUCGCGAUUCAUCUAGGCACCGUCACACAAAAAGCGAUGCUCAUGGGGGUGGCUUCAGAUCUCACCGAAGAGACAGGAGUGACGGUCUCCCUCAUCUCGCGGCUGGGAUAGCGGCUGAAAGGGAGAGGAGAGCCGAUCAGACGAAGCUAUCCAGCGACCCUUGGACUGCUCUGGGAAAUGACUUGAGGCGGAUUGCAUCCAACCGAAGCGGUCGAACUGGUACGGCCGGACCGGGCAUUGGGGAAGGCGGCAACCUUCGCAGAUCCACUUCAGAUCCGAAGAAGCGAACGCAGCGGAAACAGAAAUCGGAGAUUGAAAUAUUGCUCGAUCGAGCAGAAGCUAAGACGAUGGCCAAGCGGGCCGCCAUCUCACACAAACACGUGGACACGCUCCGAAGAACCAACGCCGAAGCAGAGGAGGAACUACAGCGCCAGCUAGCUGCCGUCAACAAAACUUCGGUGGACAUGACUAGAAGGCUUGACUACACGUACUACAACCUCUUGGAGAAAGUGGGCAACUUGGUUGCUCUAGUCCAAUCAUUCCAUUCUCUAUCCUCACAAAGCAAGGACAUGAUAGAUCAUUUCACGAAGGAAGCUUCAAUGCUAGAACGAGAUGUCAGGAUCAAGCUCGAAAGAUUCAAGACGAGCUUCGAGGAACGAGAAGACCGCGUUAGAACACUGGAAGAAAGAGGUGCCAGAGCCAAUACUAGAGCGCAGGAUCUAGGUGCCCGUCUUGAAAAGGCACGGCAGCGGGUAGAAGCUUGGGAGAAGAAGGAGGGAGUAGAACGAAGGAGGAGGAGUCGCCUGUGGAGGAGUAUCUGGACGGGCUUGAUCGUGGUGCUGGUCGUUUUGUUUUUUGGCCUGACUUGGCGGGAGUGGCGAUCAGAGGUCGAUAUUGUGAGGAUGGCGCUGAUGGAUGAGAAAGACAGGGUUGCGCUUUUGAAUCAAAGCCUAUUUCUCGAGAAAGAUGUGGUGGAACUGUCAGAAGUGCCGGAUGACGUGAAGGACAUUCUGAGCAGAGUUGCCGAGAGGAAAAGUCGUCCUGCCCAGACAAAAGCCACGUCUGAGCCUCCCAACCUCUUAGAGACAGAUGAAAGGUUGCGAGCCCUCGACGAGCUCUGA